GAUGGAUUCAAGAAGAUAUGUAAACUUACAGUAAAUACGGCAGAUAUAGCUUUAUUUUCUCACAGCAUUUGAAAGGUUUCCUUUAAAGAUGCAAUCUGAGACGAAAUGAAAACAUUUUUUAUGUAAAAUUUGAAGCAGAAAUGUCCCUUUUAAGCCACCGUCCGUACAGUUACCUGGAUAAUGACGACGACAGAUUUCUACAUAGAAGACACAAGAAGAUUCACAGGAAAAAGUUACACAGGUGUCUCUUGGGGACGGUAGUGGUCCUGAGUCUUCUGCUAACGGCUGUAGUGAUAGCAGCCAUACAAGUCGCACUUUUUAGUUCUCGAUCCCCUCCAGAUGAUCAGUCAUCACUAGUGCGUAGGGAAUCCUCAGCUGCAUUUGAAGACGCCCUGGUGGUCCGCACAAAUUGUGGAGAAUACAUAGGAACCAUAGAAGAUGGAGCGUUUGUUUUCAAGGGCGUUCCAUAUGCUAAAGCACCAGUGGGCCAUCUGAGGUGGAAGAAGCCGAUAUCUUGGUGGUCAGAUGGCGAAUGGUGUGGACGGAAAGAACGCAGGAGGGCGCAUAAAUAUGCGAAGCCUUGUUUCCAUGUAGACCCAGAGACCCGGAAAUUCCGAGGCACGGAGGACUGCCUCUACUUGAAUGUUUGGUCUCCACGUCUUGACACGUCGGUGAGUUUCUUAAACUUUUGUUAA